UUGCGCAAUAUUCCCAAAUCCAGGAAGUUGUGUUUUGUGCUGCAGUUAAAACAUCGCCACACACACGUCGUUGAGUUUCUGGGGGAUGGGUCAGUUUGUCCUUAUUUAACCGACCAAGACUUCACAAGCUUCACUUCUGCAGAGCCACCACAGCACGUCUAAACUAUCAGAGAUGGAAACGCUGAUGGAAAAUGAGGUAUUUAGGGCUUUCACCACCUAUGCAGCUAUUGUCAUUCUGAAGAUGUUGCUGAUGGCGCCACUGACUGCAUACUACCGCAUAACCAGAGGGGCUUUCUCAAAUGAUGAAGAUGUGGCCAUGAAGGCUACAGAGGAGAGGAAGAAGCUGCUGAGAACCCAUCCAGAUGUAGAGCGAGUUCGAAGGUGUCACCAGAAUGACAUCGAGAACGUUAUUCCCUUCGUGGGGCUCGCCCUGCUUUACACUCUGACUGGACCCGAGCUUUCCACUGCUCUGCUUCACUUCCGCAUCUUCGCCGGCUCUCGGAUCUGCCACACCAUCUCCUACGUCUGCGCUCUGCCUCAGCCCUGCAGGGGACUGUCCUGGAUGGUGGGCAUUCUGACCACCUUCUCCAUGGCUUACAGGGUGCUUAGCACAGUUCUCUUAAUCUAGAAACAAUACGGGACCAGUAGACUUCUUCUAUACACGCUCACAUUCCCACAUUAACCUGAAUCUUGUUUUUUGCUUUUAUUCUUGCUCCAGCUAUGUAUGAGUUUGAUGAUUAAACAUCUUUUUAUUAGCAUUCCCUGGAGCUAUUGUCAUGGAUAGAACAUGUAUUGUGUCUAAAUAAACUUUUCUAUCAACUUUG